AUGUCAGCGCUGAUUAUCUUUUUGACGGUGUUUUGUGGUACUGGAUCAGGUGUCUGGGCAGGGGAUGAAUGUCUUUUAGAGCUUUCAGAGCUGAAGGUGAGCAUUGAAAAACUCAACAAUGAGCUGUUAAUCGGUGAUUGGAAGUUGGCACACCUGCGUGCCCACCGUCGCUUCAGACUCUUACAGAAACCUAAAGAAGAAACCGGUCACAAUUACACGACCUUGCCCACACUGCCAAGCACGGGGGGAAACCUACUGGUUCAUGACAGAGAUUGCUCUGAACUGUUUGACAGAAUCAAACCGGAGAGUGGAUUCCACCGGGUCAGACCUGAUGCAACUCUUGAACCAUUUCUAGUGUACUGCGACAUGGAAGACGGGGGAGGCUGGACUGUUAUACAAAAACGGCGCAAUGGAAAACUGGAUUUUAACAGAGACUGGGAGGAUUAUAAGAAUGGGUUUGGAAAUUUCAAAACAAGUAAAGAUGAGUUUUGGCUGGGCAAUGACAAAAUUCACUCCUUGCUGAAUGGAGGUCAAAAGGUGAUGAAAAUUGAUUUGAUGGACUGGAAUGGAGAAACAUCAUAUGCAGUGUAUGACAACUUCAGAGUGGCAGAUGAAAAAGAUAAAUACAGGCUGCACUUUGGCAUGUACAGUGGCCGGGCCGGUGAUGGAUUGUCUGGAGGCAGUGGCAUGGUAGACCAAUGGUCCGCUUCCAACAGCGGCAUGCAGUUUAGCACCAGAGACCAGGAUCACGAUCGCUUUCUGCAAGGAAGCUGUGCUUCAGAGAACAUGGGAGGCUGGUGGUACAACAGGUGUCAUGUUGCCAACCUAAACGGGCGCUAUUAUAGAGGAGGAAAGUACACAGCCAAGCAUGACAACGGGGUGGUCUGGGGCCCCUGGCGAGGGCUCUGGUAUUCCCUCAGACACACAACCAUGAAGGUGAGACCUCUAGUGUUUCUGGACAGCCUGGGAAGUGGAGCAGGACCAGAUGACUAG